UAUAUAUUACAUUUGUAACUAAAAGGAAAACUUUCCCCAUUAAGCAAACCCAUAAUCCUCCAUUAAUGGCUACACCAUCUGAAACUCAAACCUCUUCUUCUUCUUCUUCAUCUCUGCCCCUUCUUGACCGAGUUGCCAUUGUCACCGGAGCCUCUCGAGGAAUCGGCCGAGGCAUAGCUCUCCAUCUAGCCUCACUCGGAGCUCGUCUAGUCAUCAAUUACACCUCCAACUCUGCUCAAGCUCAACUCCUAGUCUCCGAGAUCAACGCCACCUCAUCUUCUACCUCCACCGCCACAACCACUCCUCGAGCCGUCGCGGUCCAAGCUGACGUGUCCGAUCCCGACCAAGUGAAAUCGCUCUUCGAUUCAGCUGAGAAGUUCUUCAAUGUCCAACCUCAUAUUCUGGUCAACUCAGCCGGAGUACUCGAUCCAAAGUACCCUCACAUUUCAAACGCCUCCGUUGAAGAUUUCGAUCGAACUUUCAGUGUGAAUACAAGAGGAGCUUUCUUGUGCCUAAGAGAGGCAGCAAACAGGUUGAAGCGUGGUGGCGGAGGUCGGAUCAUAUCUAUAUCUUCGUCCAUGGUGGGGGGAUUGAAGCCGGGAUUCGGGGUGUAUGCAGCAUCGAAGGCGGCUGUGGAGACGAUGAUCAAGAUACUUGCUAAGGAGCUAAAGGGGAUGGGGAUCACGGCCAACUGCGUGGCCCCGGGACCAAUCGCGACCGAUAUGUUCUUUUCGGGGAAGAGUGAGGAUGACUUGAAGAAAGUGGUGGAUGAGUGCCCCAUGGGGAGGCUUGGAGUGGUUAAGGAUGUGGUUCCUGUGGUGGGAUUCUUGGCUGGUGAUGGGAGUGAGUGGGUUAAUGGGCAGGUCAUUCGUGCAAAUGGGGGGUAUGUUUAAGAUCAAAUCUAUUGAAAAGAUGCCAACUUUCAAAGAUUUUGAUCGUGGUUUUAUCAUAAUAAUAAGCAUUAGAGUCUAAACUCGUUGAAAAUGUGAAAUAAAAUCAAUGGUUAGUGUUAGAUGAUACGAUGAUGAUGAAAAUGUAUAAUGGGAACUUUGUAAUUUUUUUUAGUCAAAACUCAAAUUGUAGUUGCUUGAUUUUUCAAUGAGAAGUGUAAGAGAGUGUUUGUAAU